AUGGCUCAUGUAAGCGUCCUUAAAAUCAGAUCAAUGCAGAACAGUGUGCCCAUAUUAUUAACCCAACAGAACGAUCCAAUUCUUCCAAAACGCUCUAGGGCUCGGCCGGCCGAGCCGAUGAAGGGCGAACAACCCUCUCAAAACUCUACACUUGCAUAUACAGUUUCAGAAGCAGGACGUGAAUCUAAUGAGCAAGCAGAUUUGUCAGAAUUUGAUCCAACGGGUCAGACAUGCCCUCCUGGCGGAAAGCCAAGAGUAACAACAACAUUUUGGGAAGAUGAAGGAACACUUUGUUUUCAAGUAGAAGCUAAAUCAGUUUGUGUUGCACGUAGAGAAGAUAAUGAUAUGAUUAAUGGUACGAAACUUCUUAACGUUGCAGGCAUGAGUCGCGGCAAGCGGGAUGGUAUUCUUAAGGGGGAGAAAGUUCGCUCUGUUGUUAAAGUGGGUGCAAUGCAUCUUAAAGGCGUCUGGAUUCCAUUUGAACGAGCUCUGGAAUUUGCUAAUAAAGAGCAUAUUACGGAUCUUCUUUAUCCUCUUUUUGUGACAAAUAUUAAGGCAUUUUUAUAUCAUCCAACUAAUUAUGUACGAACAACAGCUGUAAUGGCAGCAGCACAACAUUUUCAAAUGCUUCGAUUAUCAAGAAACCGAAAUCAAAGUGUUACAAGACGUUUAAAAGAAAGACAAAUGACGCCGCCUCAUACCGCUCCUAUUUUAGUGAAUAGAAGGUGGUCUCAAGAAGGGACAAUGCCCACUAAUACAUCUACAUAUAUGAAUGCAUCUACAGUAACACAAUCUCUUCCGGUAACCCCAGUAACGACGCCACCUGGAUAUUUUCUUCGUUCAGCAGUUCAUUCAUCUCAAGAAACAUCACAGAAUUAUGUUUUUUCAUAUUCAGAACCAAGAAGUAAAAUAUGUCAUGGAAAACGUUUUCAACAGACCUACGAAACUCCUAUUUUACGAUCAUUAUGGGAAAUUUCAAGAGAAAGACGAGCAUCUGCUUCUUCGGUAUCAUUAGAUCAAGAAGAAUUGAAACAAGCAUCUGAAGAAGACUAUAUUAAACAUCAGCCCUUAUAUCGAGAAAUGCUUUCUCAACAAAAUCAACCAUUACAUGAAAUAAUGGUUCAAAACCCAUCUUUAUUAUCCCCUGUUUCACAUGAAUAUAUACAAAAAGAAGGGAUUCAUGCAAAUUCAGGUGUAUCAAUGACAAUUCCAGGGCUUGUGUAUCAAGCAUCAGAUGAUGCAUCAACAAUUAAUUCACAAUCAUCAUAUAGCUAUCAAUCUGUAGACGAUACUUAUUUAUAUCUUCCAAAUACUACGAAUAUGCCUUCUACAUUAAAUGAUAUAGAUCCAGGACAAACAAGUGCACAUUUUCCUAUUACAACAGGGAUAAAUCAAUGGAGACAGCAGGAUGUAUUAAACUCUAGACAUUAUUCAAUCGAUCAUAAUAAAGAGCCUUCAAUGUUUAUGAAAACAUGGUCGCCUCAGACAUGGAAAGAAGCAUCACGAUGUAAGGGCUUUUAUCAUCAAAUGGUUGAUGCAAGUUUGGAUAAUCAGUUAUCUCGAUCAGCAUCUAUCGAUCAAGCAUAUCUUUCAUUAAGAAAUAUAUCAGACAAUCAUCAAAAUAAUCAUAGCGAUAUUCAUUUAAAUAUGGAAAGGAUCGCUAAUGAAGAUGAGACAGAUGAAUUUAGCAAUGGAAAAUAUAUCGAACAGGACAUGUCUACUUCAUCGAGUUUUAAUUCAGUGCUUUUAUCAGAUGUCUCAGAUAUAAAAGCAAAUAUGUUCUCUAAUGUGAUAAAACCGCACAAACGUCGAAAAACAAUUCAUGAAUAUAUGCCAGUAUUGAUUCAAAAAAAUAAAACCAAUGCAGAUCUAAAUCAAAACGUUUACAACAUGGAGACCCAUGGAUGCCAUCUUGUUCUCGAUAUCUGA